GAUAUCCACGGUGAGAUGACCUCGCUGGGUAUGACCCCCUAUAACCAACAGUGCCCCGCCCCCUUCUCCUUCCACGCCCUCCGGAAAGGGUAUACGUCUAGGCUAUAUAAGUCGGCAUCUGGUUCUGAUGAAGCAUCACAAGACCUUCCAUUAGACAACAUGAAGCUCGCACUCGCCGUAGUUUUGGCCAUGGUAGCUAUGGUCUAUGCCCGACCAGACAGCGUCCUGGACGUUGAUCUCGAAGACAUCCUGAUGGACCAGGAAAUCGCUGAGGACUCCACCGUCACUGGAUCCUACACAUGGACCGACCCCGAAGGCAACCAGCACUUCGUCAAGUACGUCGCUGACGAGGACGGCUACAGAGUCCUGGAGUCCAACGUCGUCCCAGCCACUGCUGACGGACUCAGGGCCAACGGCGAACAGGGAUCCUUCGUCUCCCUGGAGGAUCUCGACGACAAAUAAGCGACUCGAACGACUUCAUUUUUCCCUCAGAUAAUGUGAUUUAGAAAACUAUUUAUUUUACGAUUUUAGUUAAUAAAAUCAUCGACUCUA